AUGUACUUAGAAGAGCUGAGUUUCAGUAUGUCUCUCUCUGCCUCUAUAUUCACUUUCUUGCUGCUUUUCGCCCUCAUCGUGCCUGUUGAAGGUCAGUUUCAUGUGGUUGGAUCUCGUCACCCUAUCACAGUUCCCCUGGGGGAUGAUGUCAUCCUACCGUGUCACGUGGAGCCAAAGUUUAAUGUGGCCGGGCUGACUGUAGAGUGGGCGAGACCAGAGCGUCGACCUGACCCCAACGAUCGGCUGAGCAGAGUGGAAUAUGUUCAUCUUUACAGAGACGCCCAUGAGGUCCCCGACAUGAAGAUCCCAUCAUACAUCGGGAGGACAGAGUUGUUCACAGAUGGCCUGAGAGAAGGAAACAUCUCUCUAAGAAUCACUAAUGUGACGCUUGAAGAUGAAGGAAGAUACAGAUGUUUCAUCCCAAAGUUAAAGAGUCAAAGAAAGUUUUCAGUUGUUCAUCUGAUUGUUGCUAAAUCUGUGACAACAGAGACACCACUGCAUCCUGAAACUCUCCAAACUCCUGAUCCGAUGGAAGAGUUUCACACUAAAGGUGGUUUGUCCCGCCGGAGCCGACUGAUCCCAGUUGUGGUUUUCAGUGUGUUGGUUCUCCUCUGUGUUGCAGUCGGAGCGCGCUGGUUCACUGAGUCAAAGCGUCAAAAACAAGAACUCAAGAAAGGACUUCCUAUUUAGGUUCUUUGCUCAAGGGCACUUUGGAAAUAUUAACAGAGAAGAAAGCACCACCCACUUACCUCACCCAGAUUACUUCUUUUAGGAUUCAAAGCAUCAACUUUUCCAGGCUCAUGUGGACACAGUGGUUCUGCAGAAGAAGGGCCAAUAAUUCAUCUGGAUCCAAGUGAACUUUAACCCCUGUAAGGAUGCCGGUGGCUUGUGUGACUGGUCUGGUGACUUGAGGAGGACUCAGUUACAGAAAGAACAGUUUGAGGCAAAGUUGAGCUGUGGCAAAAAGGUGGAAUUUACUUUCACAAC